AAUAAGUUCAUCUUCAUCGCUGUAUGAAUGUCAGACGCUGCGAGUGUUAGAGCUGUUGCAGACGUCUCUCUAUUGCCUGUGUAUGAGAAUGAGAAAUCCAUAUGAGUAACCCGUUCUUUGCUUGGGGCUAGAAUUAAUAUUGUGGUUAGAAAGGCUCAGCUCCGCGCUUUCCCUGUGACGGGUCUUUCUCUCCCCCUAGUGACACGUCUCUCCUCUGCCGGUGACUAUUCCCAGGUGAGGACUACUCCUGUGUCGGAAGAACUUUAAGAAAGAGAGAGGGUGGGGGCUGGGCAUGUGAGUGAGCUGUGUGGAUCUCUGUUGUUCCCUGUGUGUGAGAGAGAGAGGCAGCGGCAUGUUCUCCGCUCAUAGGUGACACACGGCUCAUCCAUUGCACACGCAGCAGCAUCAGCCAUAGCGGCACGACCAGGAGCAGAUCGGCCGGCGGAGCUGUGUCUGUGAGAGUCGGCGGAGAUGCUGUUCUUGGAUUGACUUGAAGCUCCACGGAUCGCUUCGCUCACUGACCCUCCUCAUUCUCAGCAUCGCCAGCCCCGGGAAGCGGCAGCAGCAGAGCAAUGAAUCCGGACUUCAGGAGCUGGGUGCUGGCAACUGUCACCUUGUUGGUGGUUUUCCUGAUUCUGGCGGAUAUCUCUGAGCUGGAGGAGGAGAUCGGGAGCACUGGAGGGAGCGGCACAAUCAGAUCAGCUGCGGGAAACGUACAUAGCAAAUCUAAUAGAGCUGAACUGAUACUUAAUAACUCGUCCACUUCAAGUACUGCAGGCAGAAGUAAUGAAAGCAUUAAAUACAGAACCAAACCAGUUCCAUAUAUAUGGAGACACAACCAGACACUUGCAUUGAAAAUCAGAAAACAAAUACUGCACUUUUUAGAUGCAGAAAGGGACAUUUCGGUUUUGAAGGGGACCCUGAAGCCAGGUGACAUCAUUCAUUAUGUAUUCGAUCGAGACAGCACUAUGAAUAUAUCAAAAAACCUGUACGAACUUUUACCAAGAACUUCUCCUUUGAAGAAUAAACACUUUAAGACGUGUGCCAUCGUUGGAAACUCUGGAAUUCUUCUCAACAGCGGCUGUGGGAAAGAGAUUGACUCGCAUGAUUUUGUGAUAAGAUGUAAUUUGGCCCCUGUUGAAGAGUAUGCUAAAGAUGUUGGCACGAAGACCAAUCUAGUAACCAUGAACCCUUCGGUUGUGCAACGUGCCUUUGAGGACCUGGUCAAUGAUACAUGGAAAGACAAAUUCUUGCAGCGUUUGAAAAGUUUGAAUGAAAGCAUCUUGUGGAUCCCCGCAUUUAUGGCCAAGGGCGGAGAGGAAAGAGUGGAGUGGGUGAAUGACCUGAUCAUCAAGCAUCAUAUUAAUGUGCACACGGCCUAUCCUUCUCUACGUCUCCUACACGCAGUUAGAGGGUACUGGCUGACUAAUAAAGUGCAUAUAAAGAGACCAACAACGGGCAUCUUAAUGUACACUCUGGCGACUCGCUUCUGCAACAGAAUCUACUUGUAUGGGUUUUGGCCGUUCCCCCGAGAUCUGCACCAGAACCCUGUAAAAUAUCAUUACUAUGACAGUCUUAAAUACGGAUACACGUCUCAAGCAGGUCCACACGCAAUGCCCUUGGAAUUUAAAGCACUUAAAAACCUUCAUCUCCAGGGGGCUUUGAAACUUAAUGUUGGUGAAUGUGAAGCUGCAACAUAGCACUUCAUCCUGCAUCACAAAGACACAGUCGGACAACAAAAGAAAGAAAUUAGUAACACAAUGUCCAAAUGUAAAAGCGUUAUGAUGAAGGAAUUGGAGUUCCCAAGUAAGAAACAAAAGGCCUGCAGCGGAUAGGAGACAUAGAAGUAUAUUGUUUUAAAUCCCGUAGGCGCGCCGAGACCUGGCACAUGCAGUACAAUUUCUAUGUCUUGUCCAAGGUUAAAUCUGGAAAUGUUUCAUAUAAGCAAUCAAGUACUGAUACUGAGCUGUUGUAUGAUUUUGUUUACAUUGUUACUGUCCUCCCUUUUCCCCUUCAAGUUGCACUUGAUCGAGAUUAGCAAAACAAGUGGUACUUGCACUUCCAUGACUUGAAACGCGUGGAUCUACGGAACACAUAGAAGGCACUUAAAGACAUUCGCCGUAACUGGAAAUUAAGUGGGAACCUGGAAAAUAGGAAUUUCGGACUCUACGAAAUCCAUUUGUUUUAGACAAACUUGUGUUUGUAUCUAUAAUUGACUAUAAAUAUUUGAUGUGAUUGUCAGAACAAUCAGAGUGCAAACAUGCUCAUCAUGUAUUUUCCAUUCAAAAUAAAAAUCAUGCAGCAAAGGGGCAAUGAAUGUUAUAGAUGUGUUUAAAUCUAAAAUGAGUUUGUCAUGUACAAGUCUCAAUGUAAUACACAAUAGAAUGAAUGUCACCAUGUCACAGACUGCCUGAAAUCAGCUGAAUUUUCUCUUCGUUCUGGCAAUGCCCUUGGAACAUUUAAUAUUCAGUUUACACUACACUAAAUUUUACUGUAUAUUUUGAUGAGUUCUCCAGCUGUUGCCGAACUAACCCCCCCCCCAACAUUCUCUAACAGUCGUAAGCUGUUAAGUGAUAUGAGCUGUUAUAUGGAGACAUGGUGUUGAGUCAUAAUUGGGAAACCCCAUUUCUAAAUCUCUAAAAUGGAAUUGUGAAUGGAACUGUAGAAUAAUAGAGGAAUACACGUGUCUUAGGAGCAGCUUGUAGAGUGCGACUGAUACAGACCAGUCCCAAUGUUCAGUGUUUGAGAUUUUGCUUUAGAUACUGUAUCGGGUGUAGCACUAAGUAAUAUGGCAACAUUCAAUAUGUUAAACUGUCUAAUAGUUUCUGGUUUUCUGAAGUUGAUAAAUGUGAUCCUGGAAAGUGUCCUAAUGGGUUUGGUUUAGUCUUGACCUGCUAUUUUGUUGUUUGUGAAGCUGGGUAGCAAGAGGUGCCAUCAUUUAAAGUUUUUGUAUAAUUCAAGAUGCUUUGUAUUUGACGCUAUUACUAUCUUGGGACAAUUAAAGUCAACUAUAAAUA